CACUCGGCUAUCCCGGAGUGGUAUGAUCGUCUUAUAAGGCGUGGAGUCUGCAACAAUGUUUCGACCACGUUCCGUCUUUCGGUGUUCUCUCAACGCAUACCUUAGCCUCCAUGGUCCCUCCCAUCGCUCGAAAGGUUCUUCGGUGCCUUGCCCCGCAGACCCAUUUGCAGAUCCUGCCCAUGAUCCGUGCAACGGUCUUCGCGGCAUUGCGUCGAACACGCUCACUGCCGUAGCAUUCACUUUGAUCAUGGUCUCUGCGCUCGUGCAAAGCCUGAGCAUGCUCAAAUGGGGAGCGUGGUGGAUGCUUUGCCUGGUCAUCGGCGAAUACACUUUCGCGUUGGGUAUCGGUAUGCGAUUUGGACUGCACUCCCAUCCCGACUCUAAAGGCAUCUACAUCGCGGAAUAUCUCUUCGUCGUGUUGUCCCCGUGUGCUUUCAUUGCUGCGGAUUACAUCUUGCUCGGGCGGCUAGCGAGGUUCCUGCGCUGUGAGAAACAUCUAUUAGUCCCAGCGCACCGUAUCACCGCGAUAUUCCUAUCAUCCGACGUCACGACGUUCUUGAUCCAGGCCGCAGGCGGUGGAGUGUCGAUAGGUUCCACCACAGCUCAGGGUGCCCAGACCGGAUCAAACAUUUUCCUCGCCGGGCUUGCCAUCCAGCUGCUGUCAUUCCUGAUCUUUACAUGCACGCUCCUUGUCUUCCUAUACAGAGUACAUAAACACGAACAACAGACCUGGACGAUACAUCGAGGACAGCAUUGGUACACUGAUUGGAGAAGCCUAGCCGUUGCCCUCCUUGUCAGCUGCGUCGGCAUCUUGAUCCGCUCUGUCUACCGCACGAUCGAGCUAUCGCAGGGUUUCGAAGGGCCCAUCGCCACGAACGAGGGCUUCUUCUAUGGGCUCGACACACUCCCGCUGUUCGUCGCUGUCGUCGUGUACUGCCCGUUCUGGCCAGGCCGAUUCAUUCCUCCGUCACCCAGUUUCUCGAUAAGCAAUAUGGAAGCCGCGCCAGAGAAGUCGAUGGCGUCGCAAGAGAGCGAUGGGCGUGCCUAG